AUGAGGACGGGCGUGAUGUUGGCCAGAAUGGUAUGUUAUACGCAUAUCCAGCAGAUGUACCUACCGCUGCUAAUAAACUUACUAGUUCGUGUGGCUGCGAAGGAGCUCACUUCUCUGCUGCUUGAUGAAGAUCGAUUGAGGAGCGAACGAUCCGAUAGAAAGCUGUGGAAAUCACGAUUCGCUGGAAUGGACGACGGCAUGCGAGGCAUCGAGGGGGGUGAUAUGUCUCACCGCCAACGCCGACGAGAGCGUCCUCAACGGCCUGCUGAUGAUGAAGAUGCCGAAUACAGACUCGCAAUAGAGGCAAGCAAGUACGAGGCAGAAGAAGAUAGGAAACGACGAGAAAAGAAUGCUUCCCGAGAUCUAGAAGAUGACGAACUCGCCAAAGCCAUCAAGCUCAGUAAAGAGGAAGAAGAGCUUCGAAGACGGGAGCUCGAAGAAAGCAAUGCUGCCUCUCUUUUCGAUGAUUCAACCCCUCAACCUGCUCAGCCACAGGCCACCGGAUACAACCAGGGUUACCAGCAGCAAGGUGCCGUGGACUGGUUUGGUAACCCAGUUGAUCCCCAGCAGCCCAUGACUACAGGCUUCCUAAACAAUCAAUACGCACAGCCUACUGGGUUCCAGCCCCAGCAGACUGGCUUUAACAAUACUUUUCCCAAUGGAUUUCAGCAACAACCGACAGGAUUUGACCAGCAGUUCCUACAGCCUCAAUCCACGUUACAACCACAACAAACCGCCUUUACCGGGAACCCGUAUGGAAAUGAUUUGUUUGGCCAGCAACAGCAACCACAGAUGCAACCGCAACAACAGGACGGCUUCCUUCAGCCUGGCUCCCAUAAUCCAUGGGCUAUGAACCAGCAAAAGCCGGCUGACGCUUUGAAGCCGGCUCCAACUGGCUCCAAUAACCCGUUCGCAUCGUCAUUCACUCGCGCCCAAGCACAGCAAUCCCAAGUCCAGAAAACCGGACCACCAUCUCUUAAUGCUCUUGCAGAACAGAAAACUGCAACUCAGUUUAAUAACCCUAUCAUGAACUACCAGGCACCCCAGCAACAACAGCAGCAGCAGCACCUCCAGCCCAUGAACAACCAGCAACAAAUGAAUCAAAACCCACAACAUGCCCGUCUUAACGCUCUCCUUGCCACCGGCGACGGCCAGGAUACAUUUGGCAAUGUCGGCGAUCUACGUAUCCCAGCCCAGCAUACUGCACCGGGUGUAUUCGUAAACUCUGCUGGUUCUGGGCUUAACCAGCUCCAAACUUCGAGGACCGGUAACAACCCGUUCCUAACCCAAAACUUCACCGGUGCGCCCCAACAGAGCAACACCGGCUUCGGCUCUCAGCAGGGCUUUGCACGCCCUAACCAACAGGGCAGCAACAAUCUUAUUGAUCUAUGA